GAAACCUCUCAUCGCGAUGCUGGCUACGACCCUGCGCCGCUCGGCGGCCCCCAAGCGCGCGCUCGCGCAGCUGCAGAACCAGCGUCGCCACGGCGGUUCGCUCCACAAGAACAAGCACGUCGAGAACUGGAACAACUGGCGGGGAGACUCGGAGAAGCGCUUCAAGUUCGACAGCGGGUUCUUCACGUCCAUGGUGGCCUGGGGCGUCGUGCCCUUCGGCCUCUACUACGUCAUGGCCGCCGACGAACGCCGCAAGCGCGACCUGCACAACGGCGUCCCGGAGAAUUUCCGCCAGUAAACAGGCGGAAAGGAAACACAGAUCGUCUGCCUACGCCAACGGAGAAAUGCGAAGCGGGGCUGGGUAGAUGGAUAACGACGACUAGGAGCUGGCGAGGUGGUGAAGCUCUCGAACGUCUCAGUGAUAGUGUUUGAGCCAGAGGAUGAGGAUGCUUGGUCGUCUCCCGCCGGCGAGUCGUACUCGCCCGUGAAAAAAUAAUCAAACUCUUCGGCUUC